AUGUUUUUGAGUUAUGGCAGACUUAGCAUUAAUUGUGGCCAAGAAAAGCCAGACAAGCACUUGAAUGGAGACUCAGUUGCCCUGUGUGACUUGGAGCAGCACCAGACUGCAGUAAAGGGACUGAAGAAUGCCUUCAAGCUCAGGACCUCAGGUGGGACACUCCUACUGCAUGCUUCAGCAUCAGACACAGAUGCAAUUGCGAUGGGUCCACAAGCUGAUAAGGCUAACUUGAAGAAGUUAUAUUGUUCCUAUGAGCAUGCCAUCAAGAUGCGGGCAGAUGAGGUGUUGAUGAUGCAGAUAAGGGCAGCAAAUGCAAGUGCUUUGCAAGGGAACUGGUUGAUGCAGACUCAUGACUUCAACCUUCGAGCUGUCAUAUCUGGAGUUCAACAUGGUGCGAACAUGCAGUUGAAGAAUGUGAUUGGCAAGAAAACAAAAGAUGGCCUUUGCUCCAUGAGACUGAGUGUGACUUGCCAGGGUCCAAUCCCAGCACCACAAGUUGAGAGGAGAAUGAGGGAGGAGAAAAGAAAGUGA